AUGGCCGGCGACGACCAGAAGACCACGCCGAAAGACGCGUCGACGUCAUCUGAGACCGCGAAAGACCGGCUCGCGCAAGUCAGCUCGCACAUCGCCCCGAACACACCGAAGCGACGAAGACAGAAGGCCACAGAUUCAGAUCUACCCGCAGACUACUCAGAUAUUCUCGGACAGAUCGCGACGCUCCGCAAGUUCGCCGCAACACCGGACACGAACAACAGAGGCUACCUGAGGCAGAAGCAGGCGGGGAAGUUAUGGGUACGGGAAAGGGUUGAGCAGUUGCUUGAUCCUGGUAGCUUCCAGGAAGUGGGCAGUGUGAGCGGGACGGUCAAAUGGAAACAAUUGGGCCUGGUGAAAGAAGAACCAGAAGAAUACGUGCCUUCCAACAACGUGCAAGGCUUUGGGCGGCUACGAGGUCGAAAGAUUGUAUUCACGGCCGACGACUUCUCAAUUCGCGCCGGACACGCUGAUGGCGCUCUUAUGGAGAAAACAAUCUAUAUGGAGAAGCUUGCUAUCGCAUUGAAGCUACCCAUUGUCAAACUAGUCGACGGAUCAUCAGGCGGCGGGUCUGUUACAACCAUCCGCUCCACAGGCUUCUCUUACGUUCCUCCGCUGCCUUCUUUCGCACAGGUCGUUCAACAACUCAACAUGGGUAUACCGAAUCUGGGCGCAGUGGUCGGGCCAGCGAUUGGCUUAGGAGCAGCUCGCGUAGUUGCCUGUCACUUCUCCGUCAUGGCUGCAGACAUUGGCUCCUUGUUCAAUGCUGGCCCUAGUGUGGUGAAGAACGCGACAUUUGAGGAGGGCCUGUCGUUCACAGAUCUUGGUGGACCGGCGAUGCAUUGCACAAACGGCACUAUCGAUAAUCUGGCACCAGAUGAAGCAGGCUGCUUCGAGCAGAUGCGAACAGUUUUGAGCUACCUACCUGACUGCGGUACGAAGCUUCCUCCGGUAAUCGACUGCUCUGAUCCAAUCAACCGAAUGUCAGAGAAUCUCCGAUCGAUCAUACCGCGUUCUAAGAAUCGGAUGUAUAAUCCGCGUGCUAUCAUAACGGAAGUCGUGGACAAAGACUCGUUCUUUGAAAUUGGCGCUCUCUGGGGCACUACCGCCAUAGUCGGCCUCGCGCGGUUUGCAGGCAAGCCAGUCGGAGUGGUCUCUCUCAACUGCGAGCAGAAUGCUGGCGCGUUGGAUGCAUUGGGAUCACAGAAGAUCACACGCAUGUUGAAGUUCCUAGAUGUCUUCAACCUUCCACUCGUUCAAUUCGUCGACGUCCCAGGCUACGCGAUAGGAACCGUAGCAGAACGCACUGCAACGAUGCGGCACGGCGUCACUCUUGCUGCAACCUAUUACAGCACAACCAUGCCUAUCUUCAACGUCAUUGUGCGACGCGUCUACGGCGUAGCAGGAGGCAUUAUGUUGGAUUGCCGCGAUCCACGCAUGCGCGUCGCUUGGCCAUCCGGUGUGUGGGGCUCCUUGCCACUUGAGGGCGGUAUUGAGGUCGGUCACUCGUUCGAACUCAAGGAGAUUGAAAGGAAAGAAGGCAAAGAAGCGCGGGACAAGCGUUAUACAGAGCUGGGGAACGAGUACAAACGGCUGAUGAACCCAGUUCGUACAGCGAAUGCGUUCGGUAUCGAGGAGAUCAUAGAUCCGGCAUACACACGACGAGUUUGUUGUGAGUGGACAAGUCAUAUCUACGAGAGCUUACUGCCACAGCGGGUUCAAGAGAGGAUCGCGGGGAAGUUGCAGCCGUCUUUCGCUUAA